UAGUCGAGAACACAGAAGCACUGGCUGCAUCAACAGCUAACCCAGCUCCAGCAUAGAAUGAAUAUGACGCCAAUCUCACAAAAGAGAUCAUCAACAGUUAGCACAUUCUGCACGUAUCAUUUCUUAAGAAAGACUCCGAGUACCCAACUGUUUGUUAUCUCGUCGGCAAGAUCUUCACAUGCAGCGAUAGCCAGAAGCCUUGUAUGGUAUGAUCAUGUGCAAGAACCCGUUCUAGGUCGUCUCAAGGGGAUCGAAAAGCGCGAUCCUGAUAUCCCCGUCAGCGUCGCGGCUAGCGUGGUCAAUAGUCACUAUCUUGAAUUCUCAGGAUUUGCCAUUGGCUUCUCGUUUCCAAUAUUAACUGCUAGCCUGAUGGGUGUAUCCAAGAGUCACAAAGUUGAGAGAGAAGACAUCAUGAAAUAUAUUGUCAAUUCGCAGAUUCCUGAUCGAUGGAAUCAUCAUUGGCCAAUUGGCACAGAUGUGAAUUAUGUUUCUAUAAUCAAGAUUACCACCAGUGUGCAAAAACUACACACACAUUCGCUACCCAAGGUUUUGGGCCUGGAAGUACAAAAUUAUGUCGAGGAUGAGAAACUCUGCAAGGAGUAUUGGGAGGGCACGAUACCUUUUUGGGAGAAAUUCGGACAGCCCAUUUUGGGGAAUGAUAAUCUUCCAGAGGCGGGUAAAUCAAAUUCAUAUUCAUAUCCAGUUUUGGAGACUUGA